CCUCCGACCAAAACACGAGACACGCCGACACCACGCCGCAUCUACUCGCUCCUUUAUGGCUGCACUCGGAUUGGCCCAUGCACGGCCCGGACGGCCCGCGAGAACCGCUUUCACCCGCUUCGGAGUGGCACAGUGCACUGCAGUGAGCGGGCGGGGCUCGCCGGGCCGGUCGGGUAUUCGGUUAGUCAUCCGCCACUGCGGGCACUUGCACUCGCGCUGCACUCCCGAGGCCCCAGGCCCGCGACCGCCCGCGACCCGCCGGGGGGGGGGAGUGCACUGGAAGUGGAAUCGCUGUAGCGAUGCGUGAGGUCGAGAUCAGCUUGCCUACCCAAGGACACAGCACCGAGCCCAGUCCUGCGGAUGCGCCAUGGCCCCGGUGCUGCUGCUGCCGCUGCUGCUGCAGCUGCUGUUCGGGCGCAGCUUGGCGGCGUACCGGCCCAACAUCGUCGUCAUCGUCGGUGACGACCUGGGAUGGAACGACUUGAGCUUCCAUGGCUCCGACGAGAUCCCCACCCCCAACAUCGACGCCCUGGCCUACAACGGCGCCAUCCUGAACCAGCACUACGUGCAGCCCGUGUGCACCCCCAGCAGGGCCGCCCUGCUGACGGGCAGGUACCCCAUCCACCUGGGGAUGCAGGGGCCACCCAUCCUGGCCGCCGAGCCGCGCGCGCUGCCGCUGGGCCACACGCUGCUGCCCGAGUACCUGCAGCAGCUGGGCUACGUGACGCACGGCAUCGGCAAGUGGCACCUCGGCUACCACCGCAAGGAGUACCUGCCCACUAGGCGCGGCUUCGACACCUUCCUGGGCUACUACAACGGCGCGCUCAGCUACUACGACCACAUCCUGGAGACCACGUACCCGGACUACGGCUACAUGGCGGGCCACGACAUGCGGCGCAACGAGAGCACCGCCUGGGACCUGCAAGGCAAGUACGCCACGGACGUGUUCACCGACGAGGCCAACGACAUCAUCCGCGCGCACGACCAGCGCCUGCCGCUCUUCAUGUACGUGGCGCACCUGGGCGUCCACGCCGGCAACGCGGGCAAGCUGCUCGAGGCCCCGCAGGAGGAGAUCGACAAGUUCAGGCACAUCGCCGACCCCAACCGGAGGACCUACGCGGCCAUGGUGUCCAAGCUGGACCAGUCCGUCGGCAGCAUCGUGGCUACACUGCAGUCGCGCAACAUGCUCGAGAGCUCCAUCAUCCUGUUCAUGUCGGACAACGGCGCACCCACCAUCGGCGACCCUUACCCCAACUGGGGCUCCAACGCGCCGCACCGCGGGCUCAAGGACACGCUCUGGGAGGGCGGCGUGAAGGGCGCGGCGCUCAUUUGGAGUCCGCUGCUCAACCGGCGGCCGCGCGUCUCCUUCGACAUGAUCCACAUCACGGACUGGCUGCCCACGCUGUACAGCGCGGCCGGCGGCCGGCCAUACGACCUGCCGCCCGACCUGGACGGCGUGGACCAGUGGACGUCCCUCGCCAACGACCUGCCCUCGCGCCGCUCCGAGAUCCUCCUCAACAUCGACGAGCGCAUCAAGACGGCCGCCCUGCGCCAGAACAACUGGAAGCUCGUCGUCGGGUCCAGCCAGGGCGGCAAGUUCGACGAGUACUUCGGGUCGAGCGGCUCGGCCUCGGACCCGCCCUUCAACUUCUCGUCCGUGCUGACCAGCCCGGCGGGGCGCUCCCUGACGUCGCACGCCGCGCGGUCGGGCUGGCCCGUCAUCGGCGAGUACGCCAUGGUGGCGCUGCGCGCGCGCGCCACGGUGCGCUGCGGGCCCAACUACGUGUCCGCGACCUGCGACCCCGCCGCCUCCGCCAACAAGCACUGCCUGUACGACGUGCAGAACGACCCCUGCGAGCGCAACAACCUGGCCGACGUCUACCCGACCGUGGCGCGCGCCCUCAAGCGCACGCUGGUGCGGUACCGCGCCGGCCUGGUGCCGCAGCCCCCCGCGUUGCAGCAGCCCUCGCUGGCCGACCCGAAGCGCUUCGGCGGCGCCUGGUCGCCCUGGGCCGACGACCUGCAGAGCAGCAACCUGCAGGCCGACAGCUCCACCGCGCCCACGGACGGCCCCAUCGGCUCCGGGCCCAGCGCCAGCGUCGGCCCCAGCGCCAGCGCCGGCCCCAGCACCACACCCUCGGGCAACAAGCCCGCGCCCGCCACGGCCCCCAAGCCCUCAAAGCCCAGCACCAAGCCCAACAAGGCCACCACCGAGGCCAACAAGCCCAAGAGCACCGCCGACCCGCUGGAGGAAGCGCCACCGGCCACGGAGGACGAUAAGGACGACAACGAAGACAUGAUCCUGUACUGACACGGGCUGCACGGGCCAGGCCGAGGCCCAGGCGCGCGUCCAAGCUGAAACCGUACUGGUCAUCGGGGAUAGGUCGAAAGCGAGACCGCAACUCUACUAACUGACUAACUACUCGUUCCGUCCCUGAACCACCUCUUCCGGUUGCAGAGCCAAAUAAGAUGUAGGAAAAACGGAAAGCAAUCAAAAUAAAAACCAUUGUUUUUAAAAUAAAAAAAAAAUAGAGAAUGCUCGUCUGUAACCGGAAAUCUUCGGAAAGAAAUCAUAUUUGUUUUCCCUAAACAACCUGCUUGCACUGAAUCCCUACUUUGUCUGUGAUAAAAAUGUUCUAAAUGUAGCUUCGCCCUGUGCGAAUUAGUUAUUAAGAUGAAGAGGACUGCUUCCCGUGAGUGGCGCGUCCCCUGUGUGUAGUUCUUCCUUAUUCUGUUUUUCUUUCCCAAUUCAGCAGUAACGAUUUCACUGCCAAUGUAACGCGUCACCGGGCCCUUUCGUGCCCAAGAAACUGAGACUUCCGGUGAACUCCGAUUGCCUUCAUCAUGUGCAUGUGUGGGCAUCGGCGUUGUUGUCGAAAACAACCUGCCAACCACCAAAAUUGUUAUUUAUUUUACUUUUGCCUAGCGUUUGUCCUCAGAGUAGUGACUCCCCCGAAUGUAAUGAACCUGUACAAACCCCCCGAGUUAUUCCAAAGUAGCACCUCAAUAAACCGAGUUCGAAAAUCAU